CAAUCCAAUCAUACCUCUCUCUUAAACAAGAACAAGCAUGGAGAUUAAACCAAGCCCCGCAGCAGUAAUAGCCAAGAAAUUAUGGCACAUCAUAAAGACUAUUCUCUACAUAAUGAGAAAAGGCAUCUCAAAGAGCAAACUAAUGUUUGAUCUUCACAUGAUCCUUAAACGAGGUAAAAUAGCAAGCAAAGCCAUAGGCAACCUAAGGCUCCACCACAACUACUCUACGUUCACUUGCCAGUCGGAUGAAGUUCUAACAUCAUUCAUAUCGCCCGGAGAAUAUGAGUUCAGCUGCAGCAAUAGCCCUGUCAAGCUUAAGAAUCCCCUCCACCGCCACAGCCGUUAUCAAGUAGCAGAAGAAAAACGAUUGGCACGAAAAGUGGGUGACAUUUUAAACCAUUGUGAAAUGGUAGAAUCAUCUCCAUUGACUACGCUACCAGGUUUCGGAUGCAGCCCAUUAGUUCGCCAAUUGAGGGUGUCUGACUCGCCAUUUCCAUUACAAGAUGCAGAAGAGAAUAACCACCAAGUGGACAAGGAUGCAGAAGAGUUCAUCAACAAGUUCUAUAAAAAUUUGAAGCAACAAAAGAGAAUGGCUGCCUCGGAAUCUCCAUCACUAUACCACAUAUAGGCUAUAUGAAAUUUAUAUUCAAGAAUUUUUUCCGUAUAUUUAUACAUGGCAUAUCCGGUUGAGCAAUUAAUUCAUAAUGGUUUUGUCAAAGAUAAAGUUCUACGCAGCUACACAAUCCUUCAUCACACUCCUAAUAUUCAUCAACUUCUUGAAAAUUAGUAUAAUGGAUUUAUUUUAUACAAACAUAAAUCUAGCUUGAUUGCUA